GUGCCUGCUUUCUCCUAUCCUCUUCGCCACCGACGACGACGACGACGACAAUGGCACCGAAACAACAAAAGCUGAAGAAAUCAAUGUCAUCGACGACUACGGGAAAGACCUCGAAACUGACAGAUUACUUCACCCGCGGCAACUCUACAUCGAAUAAACCCUCGCAGGCCUCAGUUUUGCCCACGCCCUCGUCGUCUCAGACACAGCUUGGCACGACUCAAAGCCCGAUUAGACAAACAAUGAAGGGCACCAGCACGAAACCGGCUCGUUCCAGCGCGAUUCCGACGCGUUCUUCACCACGGCGCGCAGCUGUAACUUCCUCGCCCAAAGACCAAGCGCCACAGCCACCCGUUCCCGCUCCUGGUCCAAGCUCUUCUACGCCCAGAUCUCAGUCAAAACUCACUACUCAGCUCCAUAACGAAAGGCUCUCUCGUCUGCCUGGUCCCAUUUCGUCCCCACACACUCGCAGUCGCUCGAACUCUGUCCUAGAAGGUGUCACUGUGUCUCCUCGCCGGCGCCGCCGCCCUAAUUCGCCCUCGAAAGCUAGCAGCGACGCUGUCUCCAUGCUUCCCGCCAAACGCAAGCUGUUCUCGGAAGCGGCCUCAUCAUCUCUUUCCUCUGUUCCACCCACUGUCGCUGCUGAGAAAGAGAACGUCACGGGAUCGCCCCGUCGUUCGCCUCGCAAGAAACCUCGUCUGUCGACUCCUGAACCCCAGCCUCCCCAGCCGCCUACAGCAGACAAUGGGAAGGGCGAGGAAGGAUUAGAGGUUGUUCCGAGCAGUCAGAGCGACGAGCAAGAGCUCACUAUGCCGGCGAAGUUGCUUACACGAUCACCGAAGGAGAUCAGGGAUUCCGUCGAGUCAUGGAGACGCUCUGGUGCUGCUGCUGCUACCACUACCGCAGAUGCUAUGGAUGUCGAUGAUGGCGUUCUUCCAACGUUCUCCUUGGCCUCUACCCUCACUCCUAUCAGCUCCCGGCCUCUGACCCCCGUUGUCGACGAGGAUGAAGAACAGGCCGGUGUGGCCCAUGCCCCAUCCUCCUCACCCGUCGCAUCCCCUUCCACUUACCACGCUGAUCUUCCUCCCUCCUCUCCUUCAACCCAUCGUCACAACGUCGAGCCUUAUGGUUCUGCUCCCGUCACACCCCUCAGGUCUCAGGAACGAGCUCAAGUGCCAACCCCAGUCGCACUCAGUCCGGCCACCAAGACGGCCCAACUCAUUGCCGAAGCAAAGGCAGUAGCUUUGAGGGCAAUGGAGAAGGAAGUGAUUGAGCCAUCUGUCCUACAGAGCUUGCCGGAUAUGGAGGAUAGCAGCGACGAGGAGGAACAUCCGUUCAAGUUUGUGAAAGGAAAGGGCAAGGAGAAUGACAAAGCGAGCAGAAUAACGUCUCGCUCUGCCACUUCGUCCGCCUCCCGUUCCGUCGAUGACGAUGACGAGGAUGAAGAUGAACUUCCCCGUCGUACCCGCAACCGGAACGCGCCCACACCUACACUCACAUCUCCCGCCGAGUCGGACAUCGCUACCUCUUCCAAACAUAACCUCUGUAGUAGACGCUCCACUGUUUCGCCCCUCCCACAAUUUCCUGCCACCCAAUCUCUCAGGCCCACGCGUAAUCGCCGCGAACCCGCUCGCGGACCUCUUCCUUCCACCGUCGCUGAAUCGUCCAAACCGAAACCAAAGCCAAAGAAGGUGUUCAACCCGUUGGACGAGAUGUUGAAGGAGAAGAAUCGGGAGGAGAAGAAGGGGGGCGGUAUAGAAGGUUUUAGAAGGGCGGAGGUGACGAGGAGAGAGGGGCAUACGCCUGUGGAUUGGGAUAUGGAUGAUUCCGAUUCUAAGGGCGCUGAGGAUAUCAUGGCGAAAGGCAAAGGGAAGGCUAAGGUGGUGGAUCUUGGUCAUGAUGACUUCGAGGCGGCGAGGAGGGCGGCGCAGAGGGGUGCGAGGAUGCGCUAUGCUUCUGGUGCAGGUCACGAUGGGGACCGAGUUGUGAAGAAGGAAGAUAUUGAUGGAGAUGAGUUAGCGGUAGGGAGGGAGGAUAGGGAAAGAUUGCUUGGAACCAAGGAUGGAAAGAAGGUAGCGAAGAUCUUGGAGAUGGAUGAUGUUAGUGGGAGGAAGCAGAGCAGGGUUGUGGGUUUGGACGUUAGGAGGGAAGAGGAAGAGGGUGGGAUGGAAGUUGAUGAUGGAAGCUCUUUGCCUCCAUGGAAGGAGCUUGGAGAGUUAGACGGGGAAACAGAAGGCAACAUGUUGACGAAGUUGCGGGAUGCUGUUGAGAUUAGCGAUACAGCGAAGAUGGAAUCAUUGUUCAAGGUUGGUCUUCUGCGUCUCGUGAACGUGAAGAAACACCCCGGGCUCGUCCAAUGGCUUUGCGAACUCGCUCUGUCUCUACAGCCGGAAAACGACACAUUAGUCGACUCCGCCUUCGAGUUUAUUCUCAGCAUCGCACCUCCUCCGAACACCAUCACCUCCUCCGCCUUCUCUCCUGGCACCAUGAUCAGCAUCCUCGGACAAUUGGGCAUGAAACCGGAGUUCCUGGCCCACAUCUCUGCAUCUUGCGAACAUUACUCGGGACCGCAGCUCAAUCUGGACACCAAGCAGCGCGGAGACGCGUUCUUCCGCCUCUUCUCGACGUUGACGGCCUUGGCCAAGAAGAAGUGGAUUCAACCUAAUGAUGUGCCAGACCUUGUCGUAGGCGCGCUGUUGGUCGGUAUGGACGCGACUGCGACGUUGAAGGUGCAGAAAGACGUACGAAGCACUGUGGAAGCGCUUUGUGCGAUCCUGUCUGACGAUGACGCGACCAAACCAAACGACCUCGAGGCCUCCGUCUUCAAGAAAGUGCUCAGCCUGGCUCGUACUUUCGCUUCGUCCGAGGAGGACAAGCAGACGCAGGCCGGUUUGGAGGUGGCCAACCAGGCGAGGCUGAUGGAUCUGUUUAUUGGCGGGUGUAAACCUGCUAUGAGGAUCUCGAGGGCCGUGGCACAUGCUUUGAUCACUCGCGCGGAGAUGAAGGAGUGCGAGUAUUCUGCGUUGCCGGAGUUGGAUAGGAUUUUGGAGACGAUGUCGGAGAAGAGGGGCGUUUUCGAUGUGUUGAAGUUUGAUCGUGCGGACGAAAAGGUUGUUCAGGCUUUGAAGAAGGAGGACAAGGCAGCCAGCGAUGAUGACGAAGCAGACGACAACGAGGGCGACGAUGAUGAUGAGUCGGAUGGGCAGCCUGAGCCAGAGGAGAUCAAGCCAAAGAAGAAAGAGUUCGACUACGACGAGCUGAACGACCGCAUGGUCGUCCUCGCGAAAGCGCUCUCCGGGCUUGCUGACUACGUGAAGGUGGAGAAAGAGGAAGCAAGAGCGAAGAAGGAAAAAGAGAGGGCGGAGAGGGCAGAAGAGUUGGCUGUUCGGGGAGGAAGCGUUGCGUCGAGUCGGUUGAGUGGGAGGGCGGAGCAGGAAAGGGAGUUGACGGGAUUGGAGGCUGUGAAGAUUUGUUUGGAUGGGUUGCAUGGGAGGAUUGUCGAUACGCGCGCUGCUCAUCUCGAUAGAUCACAGGCGAAGGCAUCCGUCCAGCGGCUCGCGAUGAGCCUGCAUUAUAGGAGGAUGGCGGAGUUGGGUGGCGGACAGAGCGUGCUGAGGGAUUUCUGGGCCGGGAGGGCCUGAGGUCGAUUAUCGUCGUCGUUGAGAAGCGUGGGCGACAUUGUCGUCUAGUGUCGACCCUAGAUAGUCGGUUAUGGGUCUGGGCGUAAUAUGGCGUGGUGCUCGUGGUGUGUUGAUAUCGUUUGUUUCCUCUCUUCGUUUCUUGUGCUCUUGCAGCUGCUUCGGUCCAUGUUUCGUUUUUUCUUUCUUUCAUGUCUACCCUUCCAGUACCCUCUCAUCCUAAUCACUCCGUUACUAGUGCGUUGGACGCACAGAGACCGACUAUCUUCUUUAUUCUCUGUUUAUAUUCUUAAUCGUACUUGUAAACUGCUCUUCGUCUCCACUCUGUCCUGUCCGCGUAGAUUACACCUUCUUGCUGGGUCUCACAGACCACUCAUACCUAGUCCUGUCUGAGGUAGAGUAUCACAUUCGCACUAGUCAUCUGUUUGUAUAGUAUACCUUGCACUUUCUGCAUACAUACUAUGGAUGGCCCAGUAGUUCGACAAAAUCUUGAGCUC